AAAUGAUCCGCUUUAGAUAAAAAAAAAAAGAGAAAAAAAAAAAGAAAUCGAAGAUCUGGUCCGACUCCAACUCCGACUCUGACUCCGACUCCGACUACGACUCCGACUCCGACUCCGACUCGGAUUCGUCCUUUCACUAAUCCGAGAUGGCAGAAGACAAAGAAGCUACGACGAGUUCACUCAGUCAAGGACUCGCUCCUCAAGACCCUGAAGAUCCUCCCAAGUCUCCUCCCAACUCUCCCAAUUCUUCUACUCGCAAGGCUUGCUAUGCUGUUCUUCAGAGUUGGGUGUCCAAGAAGUUUAUGACUGGCUUUGUCGUCCUCUUUCCUGUUGCUGUUACAUUCCUCAUCACCUGGUGGUUUAUCCAGUUCGUUGAUGGUUUCUUCAGUCCCAUAUACGAGAGCCUUGGUGUUGACAUCUUUGGACUUGGGUUCAUUACAUCGGUGCUUUUCACUUUCUUUGUCGGAAUAUUUGCUUCCUCGUGGCUUGGUUCUACGGUUUUCUGGCUUGGGGAGCAGUUUAUUAGGAGAAUGCCCUUUGUGAGGCACCUAUAUUCAGCUUCUAAACAAGUUAGCACUGCUAUUUCUCCGGACCAAAACACAACCGCCUUUAAAGAGGUAGCAAUCAUCCGUCAUCCUCGCAUUGGUGAAUAUGCAUUUGGAUUUAUCACAUCAUCGGUGACACUUCAGACGGACCAGGGAGAAGAAGAGCUGUGUAGUGUGUAUGUGCCUACGAAUCAUCUGUACAUAGGAGAUGUCUUUCUGGUGAACACUGAAGAAAUCAUUAGGCCAAAUUUAUCGAUCCGAGAAGGAAUAGAGAUUAUAGUAUCGGUGGGGAUGACUAUGCCGCAAGUGAUAUCUCAUGUGGACAGGACAAAGAGUAGAACUGCUCAUCAACACAGUCAUAGGAUUCCACUCAACAGACUUUGAUUAAUAGCUCUAUUCAUCUUGUAAAGAUACACUUCACACUUGUGCUCAGUCCGGAAUUAUUACUAUUACACUUGUUUUAUCUAUAGUUUAAUAUCUUGCCCAAAAAAAUAAAAUAAUUUGCUCGGAUUAAUAUAUAUUUCUUGAGUUAUUCUUGGGUUCACCCCAUAAGGUGAACUUCUAGAUUCACUAUCUAAUAAAAUUGAAUCAUUUCAUAUUUUAUAUUUUUCUAAAAAAGAAAUAAAAUCUUGUUA